CUCGCGGCUGCGCGCGCGCGUGCAAGAUUUAUCGCGUCGCCGAAAAAAUAAUGAACUGAUGGAGGGACAGGAGUGGCGAGAGUGGCAGCAGCCGCGGCACAUCGACGGUCUGGUUUCCGCGGCGCAGUGUCCACGAAGCAAUUUUCUGUCGCACCAUUUGGUGGAGCGCGUGCCCAACACCAAUGAUACAACUACAGACUUGCCGUCUUUGCACCACCCUAUCAGAGAUAACUCAUCACUGUGCGGACGAGGUACAUCGUACUCGCCCCUACAAGCACUCAGUGAGAGCACAUGUCGCGACCACGGAGCUCAAUCCGUUCCGCCGCCGCAGCCGCUGCCGCCAAGAGUCGUAUCAGGCACCCAAAACGUAACCCUCCACCCGGCAGUCGCGCGAUGCACUGCAACCUUGGAACUAGCAGCUCUCUGGAGAAGCUUUCAUGAACUUGGAACAGAAAUGAUUGUAACCAAAGCCGGCAGGAGGAUGUUCCCCGCGCUGCAGGCGAGGUUGGGCGGCAUGUUGCCCAAUGCUGACUAUUUGUUGUUAGUGGACUUUGUGCCACUGGACGACAAAAGAUACCGAUAUGCCUUUCACAGCUCAAGCUGGGUUGUAGCGGGCAAAGCGGACCCUGUGUCCCCGCCACGCAUCCACGUCCACCCUGACUCCCCUGCUCCUGGCAGCCACUGGAUGCGCCAGCUCGUGUCCUUCGACAAGUUGAAACUCACCAACAAUCAGCUUGAUGACAACGGACAUAUAAUAUUGAACUCCAUGCAUCGCUACCAACCGCGUCUGCAUGUGGUGUACCUUCCGGCCGACGGGCAAGGCCCUGCGCCCGGCACGGUGCCCUACCGCACCUUCGUCUUCCAAGAGACUGGCUUCACCGCCGUCACCGCCUACCAGAACCAUAGGAUAACACAAUUGAAGAUAGCCAGCAAUCCAUUUGCAAAAGGCUUCAGGGAUUGCGAUCCUGAUGACUGCCCCCCAGAGCAGAGUCAGCAACGCAACACGCCACGUAGACGCGAGGUGCCUCCUCCGGAGCCCUGCCCACAACUCACGCAGCCCUACGCCUCUGAGCCCAGCGCCUGCGGUCCAUUGUACGCCGCGCACGCGCACCCUGUUCGGUACCAGCCGCACGCCAGCCACAACACAGCAUACACUGCGUACUACACCCAUAGGUAGCUUCUAUGGCGCUUAACAAAAAAAACAAUGGAUUGUGAUAAAGACAACUGGAGGUUGCAUAGCUAAGGUCGGGAUACAUUUACCAAUGAAAGCAAUUUUGUUACGUGAUUCUAACUUGUUACAUAUUCAUCAGUUUUAGUUCCAAUUAUGUUUCGUGUUUACGACCAUUUGAUAAUCCUACAUAAUGCUUCUGUCCUUUCGUUGUGGAACUUUCUCUUUCAUGAAUUUGUCUAUGAAGUUGUUGUUCUCAUCAGAACACAUAUUUUUUUAUCGAACGCUCGUAUUAACAAAUCAAUGUCAAGUACAUUUACGUUAUUGAUUUUUAUUAAUAUAUAUCACUUAAAUGUGCAUCAAGGAUUACAGAAUAAUUGCCCCUUGUUUGAGUUUUCUAUAUAUUUCAUGAAACAUCACUCAGCGCGAUCUGUGGCUCAAAAUCGCUGUUAAGCAGGGUUUGAAAUUGACAAGAAAUUUAUUUUUCUUUGAUAAUUGUCUAAUAAUUAUCCGGUAAUCAUUUACGCUGAUUCAUGUCUGUUUUGUCUCUUUAAUAUUUGACUAAAAAUUACAAACGGUGACAAAACUAAAUGAUCACAAAGAAAAGUCUUUGAGAAAACGAAUUGGUGAUUUUUUUUUAAUUGAACGUGAUUUUUUUUUGAGACUGGCUUUAACACAUUUCGAUACGUCUCGGGUACAAACACAUGGCACGACAUUGGUAACAUUUAAUUGUUCCAAUGAAUUAUUUAAAUAUCAAUACUUGUUCUUCUUCUUGUCCUUAUCCCACGCUAGAUAAUUAUCAAGGUUAUCAUAUUAUCAUAUUUACCAAAAUAAUUAUCGUGAUAAUUGUCACCAGUAUCAAUGAUAAUUGUCACUUUGAACCCUGCUAUUAAGUACUAAUCAAUCAAAUGCAGGAUCUUGGUCACCUGUGAUGUUAUUAUCCAAGAUAUCAAUUAUUCUAAUUAGUCUAUCAACAUAGGAGAUUAACAUCUACCGGAUUUAGGACCUGUUUAUUAAUACGGGCCUAAACUUACGCUCUUGUCACUAAUUUCUUAUUGUACUGGGCGCAACAGAAAGAAGAAGGUGUCAACGAUACAGAAAAUAAAUACAAUCUUAAUUUGCAACAAAUAAUUAUCGAUUAUCGAAAAGUAUACGCCAUUGUUGCUACACAAAAUGUGGAAGACACGAAAUUUGUUUUCUUAAAUAUAUUCUUUAUUUCUGGCUAAAUAUUUUUCGCUUUAACAUCUCGUUAUAGAACUGUCAAUUUUUUAUUUAGGCUAUACAGGGACCAGAGUUGCGUAAAACUCACCGAUUUCUCAUAUGUUGAUAAACCUUUUUAUUAUUUAAAUAAUUAAGUUUUUAGCCAGGUCAUAAAAAUCAAUCGAGAAAAUGUGAAUCUUUGGUGUAUUUUGCGUAAUAACGACGACAGGAAGGCAAUUUAUUAUCAUUUUUGUGAACACAAUAGACUCUUUAUACACAUUCAAAUACAGGAGUUAGCUGGUUUUUUUAGAACACGUAACAAAAUGAUCCCAAUUUUUAUAACUUUUAAAUUCUUGGUAACAUAAAAUUUGUACAAAAAGUAACAAUUUCAAUGGUGUUUUUAAAUUACUCCAGCAACGACAAUAAAUAACGUUAUGAAAUCACCAAAGAAGGAUACCAAAAUAAAGGCGAGAUUACGACAUAAUAAACCAUGUAAGGGAAUUUUUGUAAUACACAGCCCUUCACAACGAUCGAAAGGCUUACAGUAAGCAAUACGAUAGAUAAACCACGUCUUUAAUUUCCAAGUGAUUGGUUACCAAAUAGUUUUGUAACUCCUUCUCCUUCAUCAAUAAUGGACUUUGGCAUUAUUGCCAGAAAAUCGAUUCCUGUGUGUAUGAUUUCUAGCCAAACACAAGAUUCAUAUUUAAGUAAUUAUUCUGCCCUCGUUAUUAUA